AUGGAGGAGCCCUUAUCGCGGGGCUUCUCGGAGGAGCAGUUUCGGGCCGCCUGCCGGGAGCUGGAGCAGCCGGCGCCGGUCGCGGCGGGGCCCUGGCAGCUCCUGGUGGAGACCAUGGGCGUGCGCAUCUACCGGCUGUACCACGAGCAAUCAGGACUUUAUGAAUAUAAAAUCUUUGGUGGUCUUGCUGAUGUUCCCCCAAAACUGUGUGCAGAUGUCUACAUGGACUUGGAUUUCAGAAAAAAGUGGGAUCAGUAUGUAAAAGAACUGUAUGAGGAAACACAUGAUGGUGAAAAAGUAAUCUACUGGGAAGUGAAGUACCCUUUUCCUCUCUCAAACAGAGAUUAUGUCUAUAUUCGGGAAUGCCAGGAGAUGGAUGUGGAUGGGAGGAAGAUCUGGGUUGUGUUAGCAAAAAGUGUGGCUGUUCCUCAGUGCCCUGAAAAGCCUGGUGUUAUCAGAGUUAAAAGCUAUAAACAAAGCCUGGUAAUUGAAAGUGAUGGCAAGGCUGGAUGUAAAGUCUAUAUGUACUAUUUUGAUAAUCCUGGUGGCAUGAUUCCAUCCUGGCUGGUCAACUGGGCUGCCAAGAGUGGUGUGCCUGCUUUCUUGAAGGAUAUACAAAAAGCUUGCCUUAAUUAUUCUAAGAGCACAUAG